AUGGCUACCGACGAAGAAACAAAGCCCGUCUCUACGGACCUCCCAGUCCACCCCAAGCCCCAAAAUGAAGACUUCGACAUCGUCGCGACCUACCGCAGCCUUCUGUCGUCAGACAGGGAAAUCACCAUGCCCAUUGCCGCCAUCGAGUCCCUAAUCGAGUUCCUCUCCGUAACCCCCUACGUAACCUCGAUGGAGCUCGUCGAAAAGGUCAAGCACCAAAAGGCCCUCCUCCUCGCCUCGGCCCCGAACCCCCUCCCCAUCCUCGCAGGCGCAGAUCUCUUCGAGCAGUUCCUGCUCCGGUCGCUUAGGCCGCCACCGGCAGCAUCCUCCAGCUCCAACCUGACCGAGCCCAUGUCCUUCGACCAGACUCGCGAGCAUCUCGUAGCCAACAAGCAACUAUUUGCUCAGCGUGCCCAAGCAGCAAGGGACAACAUCGCCAUCUGGGGCACCCGUUACGUCUCAGACGAGAAGAUUGUCCUCACCGCUGGCGGGUCAAGAACAGUAACCAAGAUUCUUCUGAGGGCGGCGACAGACCAGUCAAAGCACUUCAAAGUAAUCUACAUUACCGAACCAACCAACACCCGCUCCCAAGCGGCCGUGGAUGAGCUCCGCCAAGCGGGCCUCGAAGUCGAGACAAUCGUCCCCAACAAGGUCGCUUAUGUUCUUGCCAACCAAAAGAAGAUCAACCUUGUUCUGGUGGGGACAGAGGCUAUCAUGCAAAAUGGAGGUAUUAUCUCCGGAAUGGGCACCGCUCAGCUGGCAGCUUUGGUAAAAGCCAUCCCCGGAGGAAUGAAGAGGUUUUAUGUCGCGGCAGAGACGCACAAGAUUGUGAGGAAGACGCCGAUCGCGUAUCCAAUCGUGAAGAAAAUGGGAGUGAGGCAGAGGGAUAUCACACGCUUUGAGAAUAUUGGCGUGGAUCUGAACAAUGAGCUGGUUAAGGAGCAGCUACUUCAGGAGAGUGAUGAGGUGGACUAUACGGAUCCGGAGCUGAUUGAUGGUAUUAUUACGGAGCAGGGCGUUAAGAUGACGUGGCAGAUUUGGGAGUUGGUUGAUGAUUACAUAUAA